AGCUCUGCACAGACCAGAUGUUGUGUUGGAGGUUCAGCGCUGAGCUCUACUUCGAACUCGGUCGUGGCUUUACGCACAAUCAGUAGUAACGGGCUUUGGGUCGGGGCUGGUUCAACCUCAACGAGGACUAGUUCUCCUAGUUAUACACCCUGUGAACCACAAGCUCACCAGGACGCUGAAGCUUCUCCGACAUGGUUUGUUUUUCUCCGCUGGGUUAAGUUCAGAAGGUCCAGUAGUCUCUCGGUUGUGGACUCCGUUAAACCCAGGACUCGGUGUUCGGUGUUGGGUUCAGAGGCUCCAUGGCGGUUCUCCUCCUGGUCCUGUGCGCCCUUAUGCUCUCGGCCGGCCGGGCGUCGUACCGCGGGCCGCUGCACCCCGAGAUGUCCAACGGGACCUUCCACCACUACUUCGUCCCGGACGGGGACUACGAGGAGAACGACGACCCGGAGAAGUGCCAGAUGCUCUUCAAGAUGACCGACGAGCGGAAGUGUGGUCUGGACGAGGACCACGACUCGGUGAUCCGGGACGACUUCACCAUCAUCAAGCGGCAGAUCGAGGACUCUGCCCGGGUCCUGGAGGGCAUCGGGAAGAGCAUCUCCUACGAUCUGGACGGCGAGGACAGCUACGGGAAGUACCUGAGGAGGGAAACCGCGCAGAUCAACGAAGCCUUCACCAACUCGGAGAAGUCUCUGCUGGAGCUGGAGGUGAAGUUCAAGCAGAGCCAGGAGAACGAGCUGAAGGCGGAGCACCGCAUCCACGACGACUUCCUGGGCAUGGUGGUCCACACCCGGGACGUCCUGAAAGACACCCUGGACCUCUCCCUGGGCCUGAAGGACAAACACGAGCUACUGUCCCUCAUCAUCCGCAGCCACGGAACCCGGCUCAGCCGCCUGAAGAACGAGUACCUCAAGUUCUAGAGGAGGUGUGUGGAGCAGGAGAAGAACGAGUACCUCAAGUUCUAGAGGAGGUCUGUGGAGCAGGAGAAGAACGAGUACCUCAAGUUCCAGAGGAAAUGGGGAGCAGGAGAAGAAACAGUACCUCAAGUUCUAGAGGAGCUCUGUGGAGCAGGAGAAGAACGAGGAGUUCGAGGAGAGGAGGUGUCUCAUCAGGGAUGAACUGUACAUUAUCUGAUUAUUAUAUCUGAUCAUAUACAUCAGUUUUAAACGAGGCCUUCAACCGGACAGUAAACUAUCGAAGUGAUGACGUUGACUGUUCCUCGAUGACAGGUGUCACUCACACUUCACUAAACAUGGAUGUUGGAGGAUUACAUGUUUACACUAUUUACAUUAUGGUGGGCUGACUUUGCACAGUUCUUGACUGUUUCAAUGCUAGAUGCCUACAUCUGAAUAGAUGAUGUAAUCUGUGUUAUUGUUAAUAAUGUAUUAUUAAAGUUAAUAAAUACUGUGACUGUCGAAUUAUUAUUUUUUAGAUGACAAUAAUUUGUAUUUGUAUUUUCUGUAAUAUGUCUGAAAAUAGAGCAUCCUAUCUAUUCUUGUCAAAGUAUAUUCAAAUAAUAAUAUUUGACUGAUAAGACUGCAGGCAGCACUUGUGGACUUCAGAGUCAAACGUUUUGUAUGGUAACACGUUAAUAAACACUAUGUCCUCCUAAAUAAAGCCCUGUUUUAAACUCAAAUGGUCGUGUGCAUCC